CCGAACUCGACAUUACUUCGUCACUCUCUCUCUCUGUCACUCAAGAAGGAAGCAAAAAUCUAGAGAGAGAGAAAGAGAAACUGAAGCAAAGCAUGGACGAGAAUUCAUCGGCACUAAUCGAAGCAAUUCUCAGAGAGCAAGAGGAGGAGGAGGCACAGAGAUACGGCAAUAAGCUGACCCAAAACGGCGACGCUUACGCCUGGCAAACGGUAUCGUAUCCGAAGCGAAACCGGAAAUCCUCCUCCAAGGCGAUUCCGGCGGAUUCCAACGGCGGUCUCCACAACGGUGUCGUAUCCUCCGCCUCCGACGUGUUCCGGCCUAUCGAGCUGCAUUCCGAGGAGCGCCGUCGGAGAGUUAUGGAGGCCCAGUCCGCAGCCGUUUCCGGAGACACCGCACCUGGCGGAUCGAAGCGGAAUUCAGAUGACGAUGAGAAUAAUAGCGAUGCUGAGGUGGCCGAGGCGGCCGUCGAGAACGGCGAGGUGAAGAAGGUGAAAAAGGUGAAGCAGAAGAAGCCGAAGGUGACGGUGGCGGAGGCGGCGUCGAAAAUGGACGCCGGUGAUCUCGGCGCCUUUCUGGCAGAUAUAACUGCUUCGUAUGAAACGCAGCAGGACAUACAGCUUAUGCGUUUGGCGGAUUACUUCGGCCGAGCAUUUGCGGCGGUCAGUCCGGCACAAUUUCCGUGGUUGAAGACGUUCAAGGAAUCUUCUGUGGCAAAACUGGUUGAUAUCCCUCUUUCGCAUAUAUCUGAAGAUGUUUACAAGAUAUCGGUUGAAUGGAUCGGCCAGCGCUCUACUGAAGCGCUUGGAUCAUUCGUGCUAUGGUCGUUGGACAGCAUUCUUGCUGACCUUGCAAGUCAUCAAGGACUAGCCAAGCGAUCUAAAAAGGCGGUCCAGCAAGCACCUUCAAAGUCUCAGGUUGCCAUAUUCGUGGUUCUAGCAAUGGUAUUGCGACGAAGACCUGAAGUACUGAUUAGCUUACUUCCUGUGAUGAGGGGAAGUCUGAAAUAUGAAGGCCAAGAUAAGCUUCCAAUCACAGUUUGGCUGGUUGCACAGGCUUCUCAAGGAGAUCUGGUUGUGGGGUUGUACUCGUGGGUGCAUUUUCUCUUGCCUAUAUUGAGUAGCAAGUCAAGUAGUAAUCCUCUGUGUAGAGACUUAAUUUUGCAGUCUGUGGAAAGAAUUUUGGCUUUUCCGAAAGCCCGUCCAAUUCUGUUGAACGGUGCUGUCAGAAAGGGGGAGCACAUAGUGCCACCAUCAGCCCUUGAUCUCUUGAUGAGAGUCUCUUUUCCAGCACCUUCUGCCCGAGUUAAGGCAACUGAGAGGUUUGAAGCUGUUUAUCCAACCUUGAAAGAGAUUGCCCUUGCUGGUUCCCCAGGAAGCAAAACAAUGAGGCAAGUCACACAGCAGAUAUUAAAGAAUUCAGUUAAAGCUGUUAAUGAAGGCAUCCCUGAUCUGUCUAAGGAAGCAAGUGGCUUAUUUAUUUGGUGUUUGACGCAAAACCCUGAAUGUUACAGGCAAUGGGACGUACUUUAUCUGGACAAUCUCGAUGCAAGCGUUGCUCUCCUGAAAAAGCUAUCUGACGAGUGGAAGGAGAACUCUGUUAAACAUGCUUCUCUUGACCCCUUGAGGGAAACUUUAAAGAGUUUAAGGGAGAAGAAUGAUAAGGCAUUGGCAGGGGGAGAUGAUGUUGCCCGCCAUUCACUGUUGAAGGAUGCAGACAAAUAUUGCAAGCAGAUGUUGGGACGAUUGUCGCAAGGCCAUGGAUGCAUGAAGAGCGUGGUGCUUGUUUCUGUUGCCCUGGCUGUGGGUGCUGCGGUCGUGUCCCAAAACAUACAACUCGAGGACCUCAAGAAACUUGCAGCCAACUCUCUAAAUGGAGGAACUCACCAGUACUUAGUACUUACAGCAUACCGGGUUUAAUUAAGUCUGGCGUAGGUCAGCUAAGAUAGGUGGCCCAUAAAAGUAUAGGCAGAGGAGGAUGAGUUGAGUCUUCGACGGACUUGCAGCAGGUCUCAGUGGAAUUGGAAGAGUGUAAGCAGCAGCGUAACCAAGUCUGUGUUGCGGUUUCUCAGGUUGUUAGCCGUAUCUGGUUUUCAGCGUCAGUCUGUUGAGUUGAGUGAGUUGUUUUUCCUUUCAAAUGGACUAAAACGUUAUGGAGGCGUGUGUGUUUCGGGUUUUCUUUAUUUAUUUGUUGUGUCAUAGAAUAAUAGUGUGUUGAAAAAUGCACAUGCAAAAUGGGCAUAAGAAGAUGGGAAUGAAUGGCGGAAUAAGUGCUUGAAAGAAUGUGCACUUCUUCUCAUUGUGUUCA